AUGGGGCCAUUGGACAGCGUGUGGUUUCCAAAGCCAGCAAAAUCAGGCCGAGGCACGCGGAAGGCUCGGCCGUGCGGAGCCGGGGCCGGGGGAGCGCGGGGGGCGCCGGUGGGAGAACCGAGCCUUCGCAGCAGCGGGGACGGGAGGGAGCCCCGCGGGGGAAGGCGACUCGGUGACGCAGAGCGCGAGGAGGAGAGCGUGUCAUCCUCCGAGCUGGCGACCGGCAGGGCAGCGGCAGAAGGAAAGGACGCGGAGGAGCCGCAGCGCCAGGAUCCUCGAGGGGUGGCCGCGGGCGCCGGGCGGGGAGGGCGCCGGGGGGCGCCGGGCGGGGCCGGGGACCGGCUGGCAGCGCGGCCCCCGCCCUCACGCGGCGCCCGGGUGACAGACUCCGAGUGGCUGGAUCUGAGCGCGGAAGAACAAUUGGCCUGGGCCAAAAACACUCAGGACCCUCGGAUUGCAGUGGGUUCCCAGUCUCCACUAGAAAAGAAGAUUAAGUUUGCCAAAGUGGAGGAGUACUACUAUCGACGGCAUCAGGCAACGACGCUGGGAGAAGCAUGGAGAUACACGACGGCUCCAAGGUGGGAAAUUAAAAUAGAGAGACAGAGACCACAAGGUAACAAAACAGGAGAUGCUAAAAAAUGGGACUAUUUAGUGUCUGAGAGGGAGCUGGACCACAUAGAGAAGCAUAUCUACAGAGCCGAACGAGCCAGAGGCCUCCGAGACCACAAGUACCGGCUCCUCCCUCAAAGGGUUCCAAGUGACACGGUCAUCCCCAAAAUACGAAGCCCAGGGAAGGAGGAGAAGACUGCAGUUGUCCAGAAACCCCACAAAACGAAGACCAAAAAGCACAGGGCGGCCUGGGCAAAGGAACAGAUCAGGGGACAUCAGGAUCGAAUGAUUCGGGGGCGAGAACUCACAGAGCAGAGAAGCGAGAGUCUGUGUGCCUGGAGGGUCUCUGCUCCCGCUCCUCCUCUCCACAGGCCUGCAACACACAAGGAGGAAGAGAAGGAAUUCGAACGGAUCACAGCCUACCCGAUUGCCCAGCCUUACCAGGAAGCACUCAUAAAAGUGACCAUCCUCACGGAAAAGUCCAGAAAGGAGGAACACAUAAAAAAGCCACUCCGACGAGAGCUCUUGAGCAUGCCACCAUUUUUGAGAAGUCAACUAGAAAAAAAGGAAGUUUAAGUUAUUUUAUGGAUGAUUCUAUUUCUUUUGCAGGCCGGCAUCCUUUGACAAUUGUCAGUGCAGUAAAAUCCCAUAACCCCUAAUCUGUUUGCAUCCAACUUGGAGUCGGGGGAGUUAAACUGAGUGUUUGUUUCACCUCUCUGCAUGAUUAUCCCGAAACUUAGUGACUUAAAAACGACCACUAUUUUGUUGUAUCUCCCAAUUCCAUAACAGGAAUUCAGACAGAGCUCAGCUGGGCAGUUUUUCUUCCCUGUCCUGCACUGCCAGAGCUGCUUGGGGAUGAUCAGGUGACAGUUGGACAAGAGGGUACAGGCCUCGUGCCCUUGGGGUUGACUAGAAGGCUGGGUUUGGCUGGUCCCAGUCCCUGUCUCCUCUCUCCGUGAGGUUUCUGACCUUAUUUCACUGUGACCAGGUUCCAGUGACCUGUCAGACACCACAAGAUUUCUUGUGACCGAGCAUCCGCAGUCCCAGAACAUCACUUCUGCCAUAUUCUGCUGCUCAAACAUGUCACCAAGAUCAGUCCAGACUGGGGGGCAGUGGGCUGGGCGGGGGGGAGACCCUUCCUCUCAAAGAAACUUGCAGCGAGCUUUUAAUCCACUCCUGCAAGGCUCUGAAAAGUCCCAACACACACGCCCAUCCUUCUUUAUCCUCUGUGCUGUCUCUCAUGUUACUACUACUCAUCAACAUGAAACAAGUAUUUUUUUUUUUAAAGAUUUUAUUUAUUUACUUGACAGAGAUCACAAGUAGAUGG